AUGGCCAGGAGAAAGAAGUGUUCGAUCAAAAGGAAAGCAUGGACGUAAGAGCAAGAGUCCCUCCAUGCAGCGACUCUUGCGCAAGACCAUAUCAUGCGAGUCAUGGUAUAUCUUCCGAUUACAUGGAAGCUAGACAAGCAAGCUGCCAUUGUGAUCUGCCUGCUGCUGUGACUGGAAAUAAAGACAUAUACAUGAAAACAGCUUCCUCCGACUGUGCAAUUAGUGAUCACGGCGCUGCAAGACCACAACAUCGGCCUGUUGAUGACCAUGAUGCCACGAAUGGACUUGUAAGAUCAACUAGAGAUCUUCCGCCUGCUCAUUACACAUUUCAAAUCAGGAAUUGUUCGUUGCUGUUUAAGAACGAGGUUAAAAAAUGUGAAUCAGGCCAGUUUGAAGUUGGCGGCUAUCAAUGGAGAUUAGUGGUACAACUUCCCACAGAUGGGAAGAAGAAUAUAUAUCGCAAUCAUGAGAACGAUCACAUCUCUUUGUAUUUGGCAAUAGCAAAUGAAAAUAAUCUUUUGCCUGGUUGGGAGGUUAACGUAAACUUCAAGUUCUUUGUGUUUGAUCAAAUACGCAACAACUACCUGUGUGUUCAAGAUGGGAUUGUAAGACGCUUCCAUAACUUAAAAACUGAAUGGGGAUUUGCCCAAUUACUUUCACUCGACUUGCUCGACGAUCCUUCAAAUGGUUAUAUUGUUGAUGACAUGUGCGUUUUUGGGGUUGAAGUUUUUGUUCUUAAAUUGACUGGCAUGGGAGAGUGUUUAUCAAUGGUUAAGGAAUAUCCUACUUCCCAUCAUUUCAAUUGGAAAAUUGACAAAUUUGACCCAGUGAAAGACUAUUCUUAUCACUCUCAUGUCUUCCUUGUUGAAGGCCGUAAAUGGAGGUUGAAGCUCAAUCUAAGGGGAAUCAAAAGCGUAGAAGACGCAUUCUUGUCUCUCUAUCUCCAGUUUGAUGCUUCAGAAACUCUAACUCUUGGCCGAAGAUUGUACGCAAACUACAGGCUGCAACUAAGGGACGAAGUUAAAGGCAAUCACCUUGAAGAAACAGGUGAGCGCUGGUUCUAUGACAAUGUUGGCUUUGGUUUCCCUAGCUUUUUGUCCCUCAGAGAUCUCAUGGAUACCUCAAAAGGCUACUUAAGGGGUGAUGCUUUGUCCGUUCAAUGCAGAAUUGAAUUCAUAUAUGUUGCUAAGGAGUUUCUCCCGAAGUAAUUGGAGAUAAAAGCUAUAUAUAUAUAUAUAUCAAUAUACAAUAAUUCAUUACUACUUGUGCAGUUGAACACAAGCUCCGCAACAUGUACUGUUACAAAUGUAAAAUGUAAUUUCAUAAGUGAAAGAAAUUAAACAAUUUCUAUAUCCUAUAUCAUUGAGGGAUUGAUAUC